CCCUUUGCCCAUCAACAAACUACUACAACAUAAAGCAUUCCCCAGCUAGACAGGACAACACAGAGAGCUUUGCUCACUCGAAAAGCUUCGAAGCAACGAUGAAGAACACCAAGCUCGUGGCCAUCCUCGUUCUCCAGGCCGUCCUGGUCAUGGGGAUCCUCUCACACGUGAACGCCGACUAUUUCCCGCCGUGCUGCGACAACUGCAGGUCCUUCUCCGGCGUCGACGUCUGCGACGACCCCCACCCCCAGUGCCCCACCGGCUGCUCGGCGUGCCGCGUCGUGACGACUAACCCCCAGACGUGGCGGUGCGCCGACAUGAAGAACACCGUCGACGGCACCUGCGGGGGACCCUGCAAGAAGUACUGAUCGGUCCAAGCUCUGGACGACGACAUGAAGAUACUUAUACUCCGCCAAAAAUAAAGCUCAGAUGAGAUGAGCAGAAUCAUCGUAUUGUGCGUGCCGACAAUAUGUCGUCGUCGGCGUUUAUUGCUUGCCUAUUCUCUCUCUCGAGAAAUGUUGUUAUCGCUUGCCUAUCAGCUGUGUGUUGUGUCCUCUCCUCCGUCAAUAAAACAAACCUGUUGUGAUU